AUGGCUGAAGUGCCAAUUGAUCCUGCAGAGAUUAUUAAUAGUCUUGAUGAAGUAGUUGGCAAUACCGUUGCUGGUUGUCAACGAAUUGGUAGAGCAGAGUUUGUUGGAUCUGCUUUAGAAGAAACUGAUAAUUACUUGAGGAGUAUUUAUAUUAUUUCCAAAAUGGGUUUCAACUUAUAUACACCUUCAAAUGGUGGAGUUGAGUCUGGAAAGACUCAGCAGCAGCUUCUCGUAUCUUCUUCUGCUUCUCUUCUACUUCUGCUGCAGAUGCUGCAGCAGAUGCUCAUCCAGAUGCUCCUCCACAACUUCCAGUCCACACACAACGCUGCUGUAUCAGCUCACUGCUGA